AUGAUUGAGAAAUUUCCCUUGUCUGAGCAAAGCAGAACAGAGAUGUACCUGAAGAAGCCGUUGUGGAGUGAAACAGGGAAAGGAGAAGGAAGUUCAAAGAAAGAGGAUGACGGUGCAGUGAGCGAGGUCGGAAAGUCGCUGCAGCAGCAGAGAGUAUAUAGAGAAGUCACUCUCGCGCUCAGAACGGGGCUCAGAGACGCACGUGCCGAAUUCUCCUUUCUCCGUGUUCGCGCUCUCCGUUCCAUUCUCAAGUUCCUACGUACAGUUGCGGAGUCUGAAUCAACCAUUGAUCUCUUUAACCAAACCCAAUCCAUUCCCCAACUUCAAGUGGUUCCGGUAUUAUUUCAGCAUUCGCUCAAAGAGAGUGGGGAUGAUUACAACGAGAGUAAGGUUGGUGACUUGAGCCAUAUAUUUGGUGUGGAACCGAAGAAGGUGACGAGUCCUUCCACUGAUGCUGAAGUUGCCCUCGCUCUUACAGUCUUGGAAGGGUGUUGUCUGCUUCAUCCACAGAGCACCACUCUCGCCCAUCAACACAACGCUAUUCAGAUUUUAAUGAAUAUAUUAUCCACUCGUGGAGCACUGGAGCAAGGUGCAUGCUUAGAUGCUCUAAUUUCGUUGAUGGUGGAUUCAUCAUGGAAUCAAAUGGAUUUUGAGAAAUGUAAUGGUAUUAUGGAAGUUGCUGACCUUCUUAGAGACAAACAAGUGGAUGAAAAUCUGAGGUUAAAAUGUGGAGAGUUUUUGCUGCUGCUCAUUGGACAUGUGAAUGGAAGAGAUUCGCCACCUUUGGCAACUAUACAUGAAGAUACAAGGCGACUUCUGGGGGAGAAAUCAGCCUCCUUGAUAUGGGCAGCCAGUCAGUUUGGCUCAACACUGGAUCCAGAGCAGAGAUUAACAGCUCUUCAGAUCCAGGCUCGUAGGGUUCUUGAAUCAUUGGACUUGUACUGA